ACAAAACCAUCAUGGCGCCGCCUUGAGUUUUCUCGUCAUCUGCUACAGCUUUUCGUAUUUUGCAUUCAGCACUGGACUUUUGCGGACCAUCUAUUAUUUGCAUCUCAUACGACCAAUACUUAUAACCGACCUCAAUGAGACUCACACAAUCCGUCGCAGCCGUAGCGGCAUGCGCUCAACUUGGAUAUGCCUUGGAUCUCGACGUUACAUCACCAGACUCCAUCCGCACAGCAGCAUCAACUCUCGCACAUGGACUCAUGAACUACUACCAAAACAACAAGACAGACACACCGAAAGAGUCGAUAGGAACACUCCCUUGGCCACUAUAUUGGUGGGAGGCUGGAGCCGUAUGGGGCGGCCUCAUCGACUACUGGGCCUACACGAACGAUACGAGCUUCAAUGAUGUUGUCAUGCAAGCCAUGAUGGCCCAGACCGGCACAGACAACAACUUCCUUCCCGAGGCAUACUACAGCAGCAUGGGUAACGACGACCAAGCCUUCUGGACCUUCUCCGCUCUAUCGGCUCUCGAGUAUGGCUUUCCCGACCCUCCGGAGGGCUCGCCUUCCUGGCAGACACUCGCCGUGAAUGCCUUCGACUCGAUGGCUCCCCGAUGGGACACAGCAACAUGCGGCGGUGGAUUGAGAUGGCAGGUCUUCUCGACCAAUAAUGGAUGGACGUACAAGAAUUCUGUCUCCAACGGAGGCUUCUUCCAGAUGGCUGCUCGCCUGGCACGCUUUACUGGCAACAGCACCUACUACGAUUGGGCUGAGCGUAUCUGGGACUGGACUACCGCUACUGGUCUGAUCGAUGAGAGCUACCGCAUCUAUGACGGUGCUUCGACCACCGACAACUGCCAAGAGGUGCAACAGCUCCAAUGGACAUACAACCCCGGUAUCUUCAUCUACGGCACAGCAAUGCUGUACAACUACACCAAUGGCUCGUCCGUUUGGGAGACUCGUUUGACUGGUCUCAUCGAGCAAGUCGACCAAACUUUCUUCCAAGCCGAAGACAAUGCGACCAACGUCAUGGUUGAAGCUGCCUGCGAGCCUUACGGUACUUGCAAUAACGACCAGUUUAGCUUCAAGGCUUACCUCGCUCGUUUCCUCGCAAAGGCCAUGGUUGUCGCACCUUAUACCAGAACUGCCAUCCUACCACUCUUGACCACCUCUGCCCAAGGAGCCGCUAAAUCCUGUUCUGGUCCUAGUGAUGGCGUUACAUGCGGUCAAAAGUGGUACACCGAGUUUGAUGGAAACUAUGGCAUUGGACAAGAGCUCUCAGCUCUCGAGGUGACUCAGGCCUUGCUGAUUGACGAAGCGCCUGGAUUGAUGGACCACAAUGAUGUCAAGAUCAAGCCAGCCACCACCUCCAGCACCCUCAAGCCGACCGUCAGCAUUGGACCUGCGAGUGUUUCGGGCAUCACCAGUACAUCAGCCACUGCUACUGGCGCUGCCACAUCUAUGACCACAGCAGCGCCCAGCAGUACCUCCACUGGUGGUUCUGUCCAGAGUGGUGUUCCUCAUAUGAACGCUUUGAUUGGAGGAGCCUUGAUCGGUGCAGCCGCUCUGCUCUAGACGGCCAAUCGACCGCCGUAUCUUCUGGCACAUUUCGGAAGAUAUUUGCGAGUGUUUCUACUUGCUCGACCUCGAGCUCUUAUUCAUGUCUAGACAAAAACAUAGAGGAGGGUCACUCCAGCAUAAUGUAUAUAUUCAUAAUUCACCUCAUUCGGUCAAAAAUAUCCCGUAUGUUUACCCAUCAACAAAGCCGUCUGGUUUUCUUGGC